GCGACGAUGGAGAAUGCGCUCGCCGACGAGAACGAUACGUGGCGGAAGAACUACCUCAAGGAAAUCCAGACCAACCGCGAGCUUACAAAGCAGCUCAAGGAGCUCACGCGACGCCUCGAGCUCGAGAAAGAGAAGACCGAUGCGCCAGAGCCCCAGGUCAAUGACGAGCCAUGCGCAAUGAGCUGUGCGUCGUGCGUAGUCUUGCAACGCGAGUUGGACGUCCUGCGUGCACGGCAUGCCGCCCUCGCAGAGCGCUACCGGCUCCUCGAGCUCGAGCUCGAGAGGCCGCGCUCUAGCGACAUCAAGCAGCCACCUGCGGCGCCAUUGCAGCUGCCCCGACCGGCGGAGCCAGCGCGGACAAAGCGCCUUUCGGAUCCGGCCGAGAUGGACUCUGCCUGUCAGAGCAUCUUCAACGUCAACAACAACACGCCGCAUGUCGUGUGCGCGGCAGCAAACGAGCAGCCAUCGUCCAAGCACUUGGUCGAGUAUGGUCUCCUCUUUGGGUAUGCGGCCGUCGACGACCCCCACGACACGGCCGCGUUCAAGCGGUGCCGGAGCGUGCCCGAAGGUCGCGGCAAGACACUGCAGCACCAAGCGUCGCUAUCUGCGAUCAAGCCGCCGCCAUCGUCGUCGCUCUGGCCUUUUGGGAAGCUCAAGCCCGCGGCCCCGCCGCACGUGGCCGCCGUGCCCAAGGUCAUGGCCGCGUACCCGUCCCCGCUGCCCGCAUCGUCCGGUGAUGUGGCGUGCCUCAUGGAGCUCUGCUUCCCGACAGGCGAAGCGAGUUAUGCUCACUUGCGCCCGACGGCCGUCGCCGUCUUGCACCGUACAGAGGCUUCGUUUGUCUUGCGCUUGUCGGGCCAGGACGAGGUACACUAUGCCAUGUGCGUGGUGACGGCAAGCGAGACGAACGUACUUCGGUGCUUCUGCCUCGUGAGCGUCCACCCUUUCUUCAGCCUCUUCUUCAAGGUCCUGCACGGCAUCGUCGCGCUCUGCAAUGUCCAGCGCGGCGCGGCAGAUGUCUUCGAAGAUGUCUUGGCUCGGUUGUACGCGACACCCGUGCCUUCCAUGGGCGGCUGGUCCUGCUUCCGCCUCGAAGCAUCGUACCCACUUCUGACCUUUCACCGCCCGCACACCAAGGACGUGGCGAGCCAACACCGCCAGUUUGUGCUCGAGUGGACGUCUCCGUGGCUCUUCUCCAAGGUCUCGCUCGACCACUUGCUCGUCGUCCUCGGCCUCUUGAGCUGCGAGAGCAAGGUGCUCGUGCUCGGCGCCGACCCGACGGUCGUCACGUCGUGUGUGCUGGCGCUCGCCGCACUCCUCUCGCCCCUGCAAUGGGCCGGCGCGCUACUGACGCUGAUUCCCGCGCGCCUCGACGAGCUCCUCGAAGCGCCGGUGCCCGUCCUCGCCGGUCAAAUGGUCCCGAGCGACUCGGCCGUGGCGCCCAUCCGCAACGUGGCCUUGCUGGACGUGGAUAUGAACCAGAUUAUCUUGCACCCAGACGACAUGGCGCAGCUGCACCACGCCAAGUGGCCCGAGAGCGACCAGCUCCGCUUUGAGCUCCGGCCCGCGGCCGACAAGCUCUUCGGCAAGCACGUGACGCCGCACCGCAUCGAGCGCGACGAGGUCGAGGCAUGCGAGACCCUCUCGUCGUCGAUUCACGCCCACCUCGAGCACCUCGUGUCCGCCGAGCACAGUUCGCCGUCGAUCUUUCUCGAUACGUUUCGCAGUACGCAAAUGUACAGCGACUUGAUCGGUGCUAGUACGAUCGCCAAGGACGAGGACGACCUUGGUGGCGAUAGCGACCGCGCGUCCGACUGCGACGGCGAGUCCAUCUUGUACGACGCCUAGUCAUACGUUGCACUAAGCUAUUAGUAUAAG